AUGCGCUGGCCUACGGAGAGCGCCAUCUUAGAGAAUCAAGUUGAUCAGGAGCUCGAAAAGUGCAAGAACGAAGAACGCGCACAAGGAGAAGGAAACGGCGCGCAGUUGUCGAGCAACUUCAGCAGCAAGGAAAGGGCGCCGUUAGCGCUGAUAGCCGUCACUACAAGAGGCUUUCCUGCUGUCUGCCAAGCCUUCGCUAAUCAGGAACGAAGAUGUUGUCCACUCCGAAGCUGCCGCAAGCCAGCUUGGCAUUGCCGCAAGACUUCAGCAGCAACGCCACCGAUUUUAGGGUUCAGGAGGAGUUCAGCGGGAGGUGUCCUAGACAGGCCUGCGAGCACAGACGAGGAGCGAGCAGCUGUGCGGGGGCCCGAUUCGAAAGAUGGGAGAGGGGGGCGAGAGCAGCACGUUCCAACAGUUCCAACAGUUCCACCUAAGGGGGCCCCUAAGCGGGCGGCAGGCGCCAGGCCGCAGUUGGCUUUCGCGGGAGGCGUUGACAGGUCGAGGUUGCACAAUCUAGGAUGUGAGCAAAGCGAGAAGCAGGAGGGAAUGUGGCGGGAAAUAGGGCCGGUACUUGUGAAGCGUAGUGAGAAAGUUCAUCAGCAGGGGGCAAGGAGUCCGGCUGUCAAAAAGGUGGUGGAGCUCAGAGGAUGGCUUCCGUCUCCGAAACAGCGGCUUGUCCGGGAAGCGACCGGCAGGACGCAGGGGCCGGACGACCAGGCGGAGCGCCGCUUCGAAUUGUCAAUAAGUUCUGAGCACCGCAGGGUUUCGAAUGAGAGUUCCGAGAAGAGGCCAAGAACGUCCGAAAGCUUUGAGCGCCGUGCUGGAGCAUCCGGGGGAGGAGAGGGGGAGGAAAGCAGCAUUGAUUCCCAGGUGAUGGCAUUGCGCAAGCGGGGGCUGGCAGCAAAGUUGAAUGCUUCGUCGGAUGGGCCUAGCACCAGCGGAAGAGCAGGGAGUGCACUUCGCAGCGACGCUAGCAUGAGCGGUAGAAAGGGGCAGUAUGUCGGUGGUGUCUCAGACAAGAGUGUCAGGGGCGGUGGGUUUGAGACUGAGCCUUCGGAUGACAGCGAGGAGGAAGAGGAGUCGCGGAAGGCGGCGGCGGAGGCGGCGGGGGAGCAUAUAACGUAUGAUUCAUUGAAGAAAAACGACGUGGACACGGCAGUAAGGAUAGAGAAGCGGCUGCUGCGAGACGGGCUUCUCGUUGCCCAAGCGCGCGCGCUGGCGUUGUACGUCGUAAAGAAUGAGAUUUCGGGGGGGUACGACGCAGUCGCGCAGCGCCUCUCGUUCCUCGAGGGCCUGCAGGGGUUGAAGCCCAAGCAGGCUGUGGCGCUUCUCCUGGCGCAGAAACGGACUCUCAAGCGCCCCGUGCACGAGCUCGAGGGGAACGUGGGUUAUCUGCUAACCGCGGGGGUUCCGGCUGACCAGCUCGGGAACGUGGUCAGGCGCAGCCCGCAGAUUCUGCUCACGAGCGUGGCGGCACGGCUCGAGCCGAGCGUGCGGUGCCUGAAGGGGCUGGGGCUAGACGUGGGAAAGAUGGUGGUUAAGAAUCCGCGGGUGCUCACGUGCGAUCUAGAAGGGCGGGGGCGCGAAGUGAUCGAAUAUCUGCACAGCGUCGGGCUGUCGCACGAGGAGGUGCAGGCGCUGCUGGAAAAGGACGCGACGCUGCUGACGAUGACCCUGGAAACGCUCGCGAAGAAGGUCGAGUUCCUGUUCCGAAAGUGCGCAACGGUCGAGGCGGCGCUGGAUCUGAUCAAGUCGUCGCCGCACGCGCUGUACGCGGACGUGGAGCAAGCGGUGAAGCAAGUCGAGAUGGUGUUCGCGACGUUCGGGUUGGAGGUCGGGGAUACCUUCGACUUGUUGAUAAAGUGGCCGGCGCUGAUGUCGAUGACGAAGCGGCCGAUGCUGGAGAAGGUGGAGUUCGUGAUCAACGAGCUCGGGUGGAGCGUGAACGACGUCCUUGCGUACCCGCUGUUCUUGAGCUUUAGUUUGGAGAAGAAGCUGCGGCCCCGGUGCGAGAAAGUGCUGCGCGAGGGGAUCGUGAUCGCCAAGCCGAACGAGAGCGAGGGGCUCAAGCUGCACACGAUGCUCGUGUGCUCGGACGACAACUUUGAGCACUACUUGAGCGAGAUCUGGCCAAAUAAGUAUCGGCGGGGCCCAGGCUGAGCCGGAUCUAGUUGGUGCACCGCUUAGGCUGUAAAAAGUAGAAUUUCGUGUAUAGAGUGUUGUUGACUGAUUUAACUUGACGCAUCGCAAUUGCUGAAGCCAGCUAUUGCUGGCUCUUUUG